GGGACGCCCGAGGAAUUUCUCGCGUCGGGCCCAUAGCAAUCAAGCCCUGACAAUGGCGUCCGCGUCCGCGAGAGCUCCCUCCACCAGAGACCAGACCAUCUCCCGCAGCCGCUGGCCGCACGCUCUGGGCGCGAGAUAUAGGUAGCGCCCGUGCUCUGUGCAGAUGCCAUGCCGUGUGCCAACAGCAGCAGGCAGGGUCGGGCUCGGGCCUAGCCUUGAGCCGCCGGGCAUGGACAGACGUAGAGCACCGGCGGCGGUGAAGCCGGAUCGCUGGGACGCCGCCGACGACCCCGACGAGAUCGGGGUCUUCGCCGCCGAGCGCUACUUCUACGGGGACGACGCGCUGUGGUGCGGGCGCUCGUCGUCGUCGCUGUCGCUGUCGUCGUCCGCGUUCAGGACGGGGACGCUCGAGCACGCCCGGUCCGUCGCCACGGCGGGCACCAGCUCGUCGGAGGCGAGCUGGAACAGCCGUUCCGCGCUGCUUCCCUUGCUUAUCCAGCCCUCGGAUGACAAGUUGCGCGCCGGCGCCGGCGCCGGCGCCGCCACUCCGGUCGCCGAAGCGGAGCCUUGUUCUGGGGCGGAGAGCGGGCGCGACGAGCGCAGGCGCGCAUCGUCGUCGUCUAACUCUAACCUGCGGCGGUGGCUGCUCGCCGUGGCGGGCUGCGCUUGCGCCCGCGGCGACGGCGACGGCGAGGGCGAGGAGUCGGUGAGCGCCGACGAAACGGAAGCCGCUGGCGACGUCCCCGGUGCCGGUGGCAAGAAAUGUAACGCUGAGAGCGAGCUGUCUCCAGAAACAGAGAUGAUCCCACCGGAGCCCCUGUUCGAGGAGGCCACGCCAGUGACGGUCAGGGCUGGCAGCGGCAGAUGGCUCCUCGAAGGCGACGAAGGCCUUGCCGGAAUGGAGGCGUUUUCCCCCAUUGACACCGCAGGGCACGGCCGCCGCCGGGCUGCCAACUCGGUCGAAUUGCCCAUGCCGGCGGUCUUGCAUCCCGCAGCGACGGCAUCCUCCGGCGAGGAGCCGCGGCGCGUGAAAUCUUUUGAAAAGUUCAGGCCGCCGUUGGGAGACCAAGGGAGCGCGCUCGGCCCAGCGACGCAGAGCUCUGCUUUUACAAUCGUCGCCGGAAAUGCUCGGCGCGCGGCCGCUGGCGGUGGAGGAAGCCCCGGCGCCGAGGACGACGACGCGGCUCCGAGCGAGCUCGGGUGCGCGUACCCACCGAGCGAGGCGAGCGUCGUCUGGAGCAUGGUCACCGCGGACGGCGCGGCGUCCGGCAACUUCUCCAGCGCGGCUUCGGGCUGCUACUACCACUACUUCAACUACGGUGAGGACAGCACAUUGCGGCACGCCGCGGUGAAGAACGACCGCCGGAGGAGGAGAAGCGGGAUCACCGCCACUGGCAGCAGCCUGCUGAUGACGUGCAUGAACGAGAAGGCGGUCGACGCCGUCGGGCCCGUUCACCGGCCGGAGGUCGAGCCGGCUGCCGUGGCGAGGCUGGGAGCUGCCGGCGGCAGCCGGAAUGGCCAUCCCAUGGUGGAGGCCGGAGGGUACCAGGACGUGAUGCGCCGCCAUUACUGAAUUUUUAGAUGAUCUUUCAUUUAAAUCAGAAAUGUCAUAACUGAAUUUUUAGAACAAUGUCAAGUUAUCAUAUAAAGAAAUGUAAUGAAUGAUAAUAUGAUGUUAGUUGAUAAA